AUGUCAUCCUUGGUGUCGUCCCUCUUCGACUUCAUCAGCACCAGCACCGGCAUCAACGCUUACAAGUACGCGCUGACGAAGCCCUACGAGUACGCGCCGCUCGACGACACCUCGCGCCGCACCUUUCGCCUCGUCGAGCUGCUCCCGCCCAAGCCCUCCCUCCUCCCCGGCUGCCAUGGCACCGUGCGCGUGCGCAUCCUCGAGCGGGACCUCGACGACGACGUCGCCGCCGUGAGCGCGCCGUACGAUGCCCUUUCCUACACGUGGAGCAUCCCCAAGGGCGUUACGGAGCCUGACCGGCGGAUCAUCGUUGAGGCCGGUCCCAACGACGGAGAUGACCCUCGGGAGCUGCGCAUCUACCGGGCCCUUGAGCUCGCGCUGCUGUACCUCUCGCCCACCGUCGAUGAUGGCGACGACGACAACAAUAGCGGCGGUACUAACCGUCGUCCGAUCUUCGUCGACCAAAUCUGCCUCAACCAGCGCGACAACGAUGAGAAGAGCGUCCAGGUGCCGCUCAUGCGCGUCAUCUACGCCCGCUGCGCCCGCACCCUCGUCUGGCUCGGCCCGCCCACGCGCGCCUCGGACCGCUACUUCGACUUUGUCGCCUCGGAGCUGCUGCCGGGCGGCGACGGCGUGCUCGGCCGGCUGCUGGGCCCGCGCGUGUCGACGGCCAUGUGCAUCUUCGACGCCGUCGUGUCGGAGCAGCCCGUGCCCGAGGAUGGCGAUGGCGAAGACGAAGAGGAACUGCGCCGCCUGCGCGCGGACCGCGACGCGCUGCUCGACCUCGUGCGCCGGUGCGGCGACGCCCUCCCCCGCGACGGCAUGGCCGACGUGCUGUCCCGGCCGUGGAACAACCGCCUCUGGACCAUCCAGGAGGCGACGCUCGCGCCCCUCGUCGUCUUCGUCUGCGGCCGCCGCACCCUCUGCUUCGACUGCCUGCGCGGCGCCCUCUUCUUCUUCAACGUCGCCAACACGCACUGGCUGCGGCAGGCCCACGGCGGAGGCGCCGCGCACCCGCCCGCCGAGCUGCGGUCGCGCGCCGCCCUGCUGGACCUCGGCGCGGGUAUGGGCCGCAUCUUCCAGGAGCGCAAGGCCGUGCACAAGCUGCGCCGCCGGAAGCCGCUCUACGACGUGCUGCUCAAGUACAACCUCGUCGGCGAGGACGGCGGCGGCAUCGUCCCCGUCAAGAUCGGCGCGGCGCUGCCCGAGGAUCGCGUCUUUGGGCUGCUGGGCCUCGUUGACGAGGAGGACCCCCUGGCCAAGAGGGUGCGCGUGCGGUAUGGCGAUGAGAAGGUCGUCGCGCGGGUGUAUACCGAGGUCGCGGCCCUGCUACUCGAGGAGAGCGUCGAUGCGCUUCUGCUUGCGCAGAGGCCGUGCACGACGCCUGGCUUGCCGUCGUGGGUGACUGACUGGGCCAUGGACCUGCGCCUGCCGGUCGGGUAUGCCCGCCUCGGGGAGCCCGUCUUUGCGGCCUCGGGAAAAGAUGCCACGGCGCAGGCUGCUCGAUUUACGGUGGACGACGCGGCUGGGCGGUUGACAAUACGAGGCGUCGCUGCCGACAAGGUUGCUCGCGUGGGCGAGCAGACGUACCGCGGCGACUCGGAGGGCCGCAUCACCGAACUGGUCGACUAUCGUUCUGCGCGCCGCGUAUUCGACGAGGUAGACGAGUUUGUGCGCGAGGCUCGCGGCGGCUCCAUCCCGCGACAGGACAGCAGCGGCAACAAGCAGGAUGACGACAAGGAGGAGGCACUCGCGCAUCGUCAGACGUGCCUCCGCGUAUGCGACUCGGGCCUCUCCUGGCGCUACUUCACCACCAAGCUCCCCUCCCCUCCCGCCGCCGCCGCCAUGUCCAAGCUCUCCACCCUCGAAAGCACCAUCUCCAACCUCGGCCAGCGCCUCCUCCGCGCCGACGCCACCCGCGACGCCUACCGCCUCACGCGCAUCUACGCCACCGUCGGCAUCACGCCCUGGUACUGGAUCCCCGCGCCCGAGCCCGCCGCCCUGCGCCUCCUGGCGUGCGACCCGCCCCGCGCGCUCCUCCUGCUGCGCGACGCGGCCGUCGACUUCGUCGAGGACAUGGUCGGGCUGGUAGGCGCCGCGGCGGCCGUGGGCUUGGCCUCGUGGUGGAUCGCGUUCCGGCGGCGAUGGAAGUACGUGACGUUGCGGCAGGAGCCUGAUGCUGUGGCGCGCACGGGGCUCGAUCCGCAGGCGGUGCUGGACCCGGACAUGGGCGAGUUUACGGGCCAUUUGCUUAAGAACAAGGGGAGGAGGGUGUACAGGACGGAAGGGGGCCGCGUGGGCAUGGGCCCGGCAGGGAUGGGCGAGGGAGACGACGUGGUGGUCUUGUAUGGGGCUACGGUGCCGCAUGUGCUGCGGGAUAGGGGGGACGGGACGAGCGAGUAUGUGGGUGAGGCGUACUGCGAUGGCAUCAUGGGCGGGGAGGCCCUGGCUUCAGGCGUGGAGAAGGACUUUGUUCUAACGUGA